AUGGCAAUCGAUAAGAAAAAUGAUAAAGAUAAACAUCCAAUGUUGGACCCAAAUUUAUGUAAAGAUUUAAAAGAUAGACACGAUCAAUGUUUUAAUAAAUGGUACACAAACUCAUUCUUAAAAGGAGAUGUCACCUUAGAUUGUGAAGACGAAUGGCAAGAAUAUCAGGUUUGCAUAAAAGAUAAAUUAAAACAAUGGAAUUUAGAACAUUUAAUAGAAAAUAAUAAAGAAUAA